CACGCAUCGCCAACAUCACUUUCUAAAACGAUGAGUUCGACGCCGAUGCCGGUCGCGGCGACGCCAGAGACGCAGGUUGUCGCUUUUGUCGCCCCCGAGGUCGACGCCGCGGGCCUCUACCGCGUCAAGGCGACGCCCCAGCGCACGUCCAUCUGGGACGGAAUGGUGCAGCUCUCAACCCCCGUGACCGACGACGAAAAGUCCGAGACAAAUCGGUUGCGCCACGCUCGCCGACGCCUGUGGAUGCUUCUCUGCGCUGCGGCUGUGAUUGUUGCCGCGAUCAUCGGGCUCUCGGUCGGGCUCUCGUCGGCGACCUACCACGAUGCAUCGACGUCGGAUAGCGCCCGCGCCAACCGCGACGGUGCGACAGAAGCCCCUGCGUAUGUGACGCCGACGCCGACCACGUCGCUGCCAACGAUCGUGGAAGCGAACGCGACGUCGGGCAACAGCACGACAGAUAUGCCGGCACGCGGUGCAUACGACGGCAUGAUUACGACGUCAGAGCCCGGCGAGUCCAGUUCGUCGUCCUCAGCGACAAGCGCCUCCAGCCAGUCGUCGUUGAACGGCCCGACACCGACGACCAAGGCGGUGACACCGGCACCGACACCGACACCGGCACCGACACCGGCCCCAACGCCGGCCCCGACACCGGCCCCGACAUUGGCUCCGACAUUGGCUCCGACACCGGCACCCGCACCGACGCCGGCACCGACGCUGACGUUUCUCAACAAGUGCUCGUACACGAUCAACCUCUUCAAGGUCGACACGCCCAUCUGCACGCUCAGCUCGGGCCGUCAAUGCACUUAUCCGUUGAACGUCGGCGACCACACAAUGUUUCGGCACACGGGGUCGGCCUCGGCGACGCUCGUUGAAAUGACGCGGCUCGGGGGCAAGAUCUGGUACGACAUUAGCAUCAUUCCGCCGGGAUGUGGCAACGGCGUGAGCUGGGCCGAGUGCAUGAGCCUCUCUGGCGGUAUCUCAGGCUACAACGUGCCCGUUUCGAUGCUGCCCACCAAGUACAACAAGAACCCGGCGGCUGGCAACUGCCACUACGUCGAGUGCCUCGCCGACCAGUGCCCCGACGCGUACCUCUACCCGACCGACGACCUCAAGAUGAAGGACUGUCGCGAAGACGAGGCCUUCCUCAUCACCUACUGUCCGUGAGCCCCAUGUAUCGCAUUGCAUAUCGAUAGCUUGUCGCCAUCUAUCAACUUGAUACAACGCCGUUUCACUGCGUCUCCA